AUGUACGAGGAUGCGCCUUUAGCCCCAUUAUUAUCUUACUACAAUUCGUCGAAGUUGGAAGGAGGUGCAGAGAAUGAUGCACCAUUAGGUGUCGAUGAACAAAAUUCUCAACACAUCCGACUCAGUCUUUCAGAGGUGGCUGAAGAGAUCAAACAGCUAUACAUCUUAGCCAUUCCAAUGAUAAUCACAGGCCUCUUCAUCUACGGUAAAUCUAUAAUAUCAAUGUUCUUCAUGGGGAAAUUAGGGAAGGAGACAUUAGCUGGUGGGUCUCUCGCAAUCAGCGUAGCUAACAUCUCCGGUUACUCUGUCAUUUCCGGCCUUGCGCUGGGCAUGGAAGGGAUAUCUUCCCAAGCCUGCGGGGCCAAGCAAUGGCCUCUCAUGGCUCAAACCCUCCAGCGCACAAUCAUUAUGCUCAGUUUAGUCUGCAUACCCAUUUCAUUAUUGUGGCUGAACUUUGAACCCAUCCUUGUCUUCUGGGGCCAAAACCCGACCAUUUCAUCCAUUGCCAGUACCUAUCUCGCAUUUUCUCUCCCAGACCUCCUCUUCCAGUCCCUCAUCAACCCUCUCAAAAUCUACCUCAGAACCCAAAAUAUAACACUCCCUCUCAUGCUCAGCGCCGCUUUCUCUCUCACUCUUCAUGCACCCAUCAACUUUUUCAUCUUCCAUCAUCUCAAUCUCGGCAUUCGGAGUAUUGCCUUGGCCGGCGCCUUAACAGACCUAAAUCUCCUUGUCAUGCUUUUGCUUUACAUGCGCUUUUCUGGCACUUGUAAGCAAUCAUGGCAAGGCUGGUCACGCCAAUGCUUCAAGGACUGGAAACCAAUUCUCGGCCAAGCCAUCCCUAGUUGUAUCUCCGUGUGCUUAGAGUGGUGGUGGUACGAGAUAAUUAUACUACUUUCAGGGCUCCUCGCAAACGCGGCAGAGGCUGUGGCCACCAUGGGAAUUCUUAUACAGGCAACUGCAUUAGUUUACAACUUCCCAAUUGCAUUGAAUCAAGCCGUGUCAACGCGGGUUGGCAAUGAGCUAGGCGCAAACCGGCCUAACAAAGCGAAGAAAUCCUCCAUUAUUGCACUCUCAUGUGCCAUUCUCACCGGUCUCACGGCCAUGCUGUUCAUGAUGACCAUGAGAAACGCUUGGGGUUGGAUUUUUACCACCGAUGAAGAGAUACUAUCAUUGACGGCGGCGGCAAUGCAGCUGGUGGGACUCUGUGAACUCGGGAACUGCCCGCAGACGACAGUUUGUGGGGUGCUGAGGGGCAGUACCAGGCCAAGUUUGGGAGCAAACAUCAACCUGGUGUCUUUCUACGGCUUCGGAUUGCCGGUGGCAGUUCUCAUGGGCUUCGUGAUGGACAUGGGAUUGUUAGGCCUUUGGUUCGGCUUGCUAGCUGCCCAGGCUGUGUGCGCUGCUGUAAUGGUGGUUGUGUUAAUGAGAACAGAUUGGCCACUACAAGUAGACAGAGCCAAAAAACUCACUGGUACUUGUGUGGUGGAAGCACGGAGUCACGAUGAAGGUGACCUUGAGGGCUUACUAUCAGUCAUGCUCUUAAAUGAGGAUUAAUAGCGCUCAUAAGGUUCACAGUUAAUUAAGUUACCAUAGGAUCGAAGAAAGAGAGAGAGAGUUCAUAUAUAGUUGGUCUUUUUUUUCGUGUGUUUACUGAU